UCGAUAUAAGAAUCAAAGCAACAUGUACCUCAUUGUGAGAGUGCUUCACACCCUCGCGCACAAGAUGCUGCCCCACUUUUUUCAAUGCAUCUUCAGUGUGAGCCUGCUGCUGAGUCUGGGGGGGUGCUGUGAUUUUUCCCUGUCCACGUGUGGGGCUGAGGCACCGGGGGACGUGCUGAUAGGGGUGCUGAACCCAUACCACGUCAAAGUUUCAGCUCUGCAAAAACGAACACGGCCCGAGAGGUUCAACUGCACAGGUUUUUAUUUGGAAGCAUUUGUGCGGACCCUGGCUGUGAUCCACACCAUUGAAACAAUCAAUGACUCUGGCUUCCUCCCUGGAGUUCGACUGGGAUAUAUUGCUUGCGAUACCUGCUCUGAUGCUGCCAAAGCGGUCCACGUCGCUGAACGUCUGCUGUCUAUCAAUGGCUCACUGCCCAUCCAGUGUGAGUACACUGACUAUCGACCACCGGUCAAAGUCGUCAUUGGAGAUCGAUACUCAGAACAGUCGAUCCCUGUUGCUAGGCUACUGGGUUUCUACAUGGUCCCACAGAUCAGCUGCACAUCUUCUGCAGCCAUUCUGAGCGACAAACUACGCUUCCCAUCUUUCCUGCGCCCCAUCCCCAGCGAUGAGCACCAGACAUUGGCCCUGGUCAAGCUCAUGUCCCGCUUCAGCUGGGACUGGGUGGGUGUGGUGUAUGGGGAUGAUGACUAUGGAAACGCAGCCUUCCGGGAAUUCUUGCGGAAUGCAAAGCAUGCAGGGGUGUGCGUAGCCUUCCAGGAGGUUCUGCCACACUACUUGGACCAUGGCAGUAGCAGUCAUCGGAUCCGAGAGGUGGCUCAGCAGAUCCGCUCCUCCGAAGCCCAGGUGGUGCUGCUCAUCCUUAAGGUGCAGCUGGUGGAGGGGCUCUUUCAGGAGAUGAUCCGCACCAACACUUCCCGAACAUGGAUCGCUAGUGAUACCUGGUCUUUUUCCCGAAAUCUUGCUAGCAUGGAAGGAAUCAACCAAGUGGGGGACAUCUUUGGCUUCACCUUCAUCACUGGAGAGAACCCAGGAUUCAAACAGUACCUUCAGAAGCUGCAGCCUGGCCCAGGGGCAGUGAACCACUUCAUCCAAGAAUACAAGCGGCUGAGAUUCAGCUGCACCCCAGAGCUUCUUCAGCACAGAGACUGCCUCAACAAAAGACCUGCAGAAUUAUGUCCUGUCCCUGACUCUCUAAGGUUUAAAUCCCCAAAAGCUUGUGGCCUAUCUGAUCCUGACCCACAGCAGAUGGAUGAUGACUUUUUGGUUAAUAGUGUUGACCAGACUGACACCUACAAUGAGAGGCUGGCUCUGUUGACAAUAGCUCAUGCCCUGAAGCAUCUUUUGAAGUGUAAUAACACUGCCUGUACAGGGGGAAAUAAUUUCCAACCGUGGAAGCUUCUGGAAGAACUUAAAAAGGUCAAUUUUGAACUAGAUGGUCGCCAGCUCUUUUUUGAUGAGUCUUUAAACUUUAUGAAUGGCUAUGACCUGAUCAUGUGGGUAAAGGCUGGAGACAAGAGACAGCUCAGGGUGGUCGGAAGAUAUCGGCAGAUGGAUGGAGAAGUGGAGCUGAAUGAAGAUAAACUCCAGUGGAUAAACUCCGGCAACAACACGGUCCCACAGUCCAGGUGCUCUAAACCAUGCACACCUGGUACAGUAAAGAAGGUCUCCAACAUUUCCUGCUGCUAUAACUGUACACCAUGUGAGGAAGGUACCUACACGAAUGAUUGGAAUCUGAAUAACUGUGAAAGAUGUCCAAAUGGUACUUGGUCUCUGAGGGGGUGGAACCAUUGUGAUAAAAGAACAGAGAUGUUCUAUAAGUGGGAGGAGCCCUAUGCCAUUGCCCUGGUAGCAGCAGCAGUGGUGGGGAUACUACUGCUGCUGGCUAUUCUUAUUGUCUUCUUGGUGCACCGUAAAACGCCUGCAGUGAAGAUAGCUGGCGGGAAACUGUGUUAUGUCAUGAUUGUUGGGCUGUCCGUAAGUUUUGGAAGUGUGGUGCUCUUCGUGGGCAAGCCUAGUGACCACCUCUGCCAGGCCCGCCAGGUUAUGUAUGCCCUGGGCUUCUCCCUCUGUGUCUCCUGCAUCCUGGUCAGGGCAUUCCGUACUUUCCUGGCCUUCCUGAUUGACCUGGUCAGACAACACCAACUCAAGAAGCUCUAUAAACCCCUUGCUAUUGUCAUCCUGGUUACCAUAGGCUAAGGGCUUAUUUGCACCUUCUGGCUGAUUUUCGACACCUCGCAGGUGCGGUACUUUGAACAGGGCAUGGAAAAGUGGCUACAGUGCACCGAGGGGACGGGUGUGGGCUUUGCCGUCAUGCACGGUUACAUUGGCCUGCUGGCCUUUGUCUGUUUCUUGCUGGCCUUCAAGGGCAGGAAAGUCCCGCAAGAUUUCAACGAGACAGGCAAUAUCAUCUUCAGCAUGCUCAUUUACCUGUUUGUGUGGGUGUGCUUCAUCCCAAUCUACAUCAGCAGGAACAAAGUCAACGAGCGCUCAAUCGUCCAGGCUUCUGCUGUCCUGGCCUCCAGCUAUGGCAUUAUCUUCUGCCACUUUGUGCCCAAGUGCUACAUUGCACUCUGUAGAAAGAAGAAAAAUGACAGGGCAGAGGUAGAGCGCAGAUUGCGAAUUUUUUCAAUUGAGUCUUCAGUUUCUUUGUUUGACAUUAUAUCCUGGGACACUGGGCUAGGCGCCAUGGAUGCUGUGAGCACUGGAUGCAUCAUGGAUGCUGUCAGCACUGAGGGCAUCAUGGACGCUGUCAGCACUGAAGGCAUCAUGGAUGCUGUGAGCACUGAGGGCAUCAUGGAUGCUGUCAGCACUGAGGGCAUCAUGGAUGCUGUCAGCACUGAGGGCAUCAUGGAUGCUGUCAGCACUGAAGGCAUCAUGGAUGCUGUCAGCACUGAGGGCAUCAUGGAUGCUGUCAGCACUGAGGGCAUCAUGGAUGCUGUCAGCACUGAGGGCAUCAUGGAUGCUGUCAGCACUGAGGGCAUCAUGGAUGCUGUCAGCACUAAGGGCAUCAUGGAUGCUGUGAGCACUGAAGGUAACAUGGAUGCUGUGAGCACUGAGGGCAUCAUGGAUGCUGUCAGCACUGAAGACUUUCACGGCUUUGUUGAAACUAGUGCUUCCCCUACAGAUCUCAGUUAUUCCAAUUCCACAGAGGGCAAUCUCUCCAAAUUCUCAGAAUAG